AUUUUCAUUUGGGAUUUAAAAUACUUGAGAUGUUUUUCGCCAUUUUUGUGUUGAACUUUGUAAUUUUCGUUCACGGAAAUCCCGUAUUGCGAUCCGGAUGUGCCCCUUAUCCUAAAGACUGUAAAAUGGAAUGUGUAUCUAUUGCUGCUGAUGGAUGUAUUGUUUGUCAAUGUCCUUCAAGUAAUUCCGGAUCCGGAAGUGGAAGUGUUUCAGCAGGAGCCCAGACUUCGGUAUUAACUGGUAGCCACCAAACAGGCACUGGAUGUCCUGCCUAUCCAAAGGACUGUAGUAAUGCCGCCAUUGAUUCAAACACGGGAUGUGUUAUAUGUUUGGGUUCCGGUCCAGGACAGAGUAACACAGGGACAGGAAGUGGGAUGAAUGGUGGUGGUAUAUCAACGGGAAGUGGAGGCCAAUCCCAAACAGGCACUGGUUGUCCAACAUUUCCGAAGGGCUGUCCUAUGGCUUGUGUUUCAAUAGACACCAUGGGAUGUGUUUUAUGCAAGUGCAGCAAUAAUACACAAGGAACAGGUGCAAGCAGUAAUACCGGAAAUACCAAUCUUGUAAAUGGACCAGGGUGUGCACCUUUUGAUGAAGGCUCGUGCCAGAAGAGCUGUGUCAAGCGUGAUAACGACCACUGUUUAGUGUGUGAUUGUUCAACAGGAACAUCUACUGGUGGAAGUAAAGGAUCAGGUGGAUGCCCACCUUUUGAUGUCAGCAACUGUGAUAUGAGUUGUGUUGGGAUGGACUCGAUGGGUUGUUUAAGUUGCAACUGUCCAGCAACAACGACUGCUGCAUCUCCUGGAGGAACUACACAAGCGCCAUCUAGUGGAGGAGGCCAAGGAGCAGGAGGAUGUCCUCCAUUUGAUGUGUCAACAUGUGACAUGGACUGUGUUGGUAUGGAUGCAAAUGGGUGUCUGAGUUGUAAUUGUCCAGCGUCGACAGCGGCACCUGCAGGAGGAACUACGCAAACGCCAUCUAGUGGAGGAGGUCAGGGAGCAGGUGGAUGUCCUCCCUUUGAUGUGUCAAUAUGUGACAUGGAUUGUGUUAGCAUGGAUGCAAAUGGAUGUUUGAGUUGUAAUUGUCCAGCAUCGACAGCUAGUCCAGGUACAACAAAUUCAUCUAGUUCAGGAAAUCAAACCUCUGGAGGUCAGGGUGCAGGCGGCUGUCCACCAUUUGAUGCUUCAGUCUGUGACUUGAAUUGUGUAUCUAUGGAAUCAUCUGGUUGCUUAAGCUGUAACUGUCCGCCAUCAACAGUCGCACCGUCAGGAGGAACAACACAAGCGCCAUCUAGUGGAGGAGGCCAAGGUGCAGGCGGAUGUCCUCCCUUUGAUGUGUCAACAUGUGACAUGGACUGUGUGAGCAUGGAUGCCAAUGGAUGUUUGAGUUGUAGCUGUCCAGCAUCAACAGUGGCACCGACAGGAUCAACAGCAGCAACGACUGUUGGAAAUGGAUCUGGCGGAGGACAAAGUGCCGGUGGAUGUCCACCAUUCGACGUAUCAACGUGUGAUAUGAGUUGUGUUGUAAUGGACUCUAGUGGAUGUCUAAGCUGUAGUUGUCCACUAACAACAGUAUCAUCUGGAUCUAAUACAACAGUUGUAACAGGAACUACACAGUCGCCCCAAGGUGCAGGUGGAUGUCCAGCCUUUGAUGCUUCAACUUGCGAUAUGAGUUGUGUUGCCAUGGAUUCAAAUGGAUGUCUAAGCUGUCACUGUCCUGACACAACCGUGGGUUCUGUGACGACAACUGCCGCUGCAUCAGGAACAACAGCUUCUUCAGGAAAUGGUCAAGGAGCAGGUGGAUGUCCUGCCUUCGAUGUCUCUACUUGUGAUAUGAAUUGUGUUUCCAUGGAUUCAAAUGGUUGUCUUGGUUGCAACUGUCCUGCUACAACAGUGGGUUCUGUGACGACAACUGCCGCUGCAUCAGGAACAACAGCUUCUUCUGGAGGUGGUCAAGGAGCAGGUGGAUGUCCUGCCUUCGACGUCUCUUCUUGUGAUAUGAAUUGUGUUUCGAUGGACUCAAAUGGUUGUCUUGGUUGUAAUUGUCCUGCUACAACAUCCACUCCUGCAUCUACUGCGGCACCUUCUGGAACUACUAAUGCGCCUUCUGGCGGAAACGGAAACAAUGGCGGUUGUCCAGCGUUUGAUGCAAAUCAGUGCGACAUCAAAUGUACAAAAAUGGACGUCAAUGGAUGUCUUCAUUGUGAAUGUCCAGUUUCCAACAAUAGCACAGUUAAUACUUUUGGUCCUGGCACACUUGGAGGUGGUACAGGGGGAACUUCCGGUAACAAUGGUGGAUGUUCUGCAAUAAGUCCCGGAUGUGAUAUUAGCUGUCUUCAAAUCAACAGUAAUGGAUGUGUAAUAUGUUCUUGUAAAUCAACAUCAAUAAAACCGUUGGUUCUUACAACAAAAGCUCCUGUCAGACCUUUACCAACAACCAGAGCUCCUGUGACAACAAAAGCCAUCCUGACAACAAAAGUACCAAUAGCUACAACAGAUUCAAACGUGUGUCCACCAAUAAGAUGUGUUGCUCCAUGUAACGUUGGAAUAACAUUCGGGCCAGAUAAUUGCCCUAUUUGUAAAUGCAAAAAUUAAACGAACUACAAAAGUA